AUGGUUGGGCUUCGUGCCCAGAAUCACUCCACAUCACAUAACAAACAGACCCCACAAACGCCUUUUAUAACUGAAGAAAGGGACGUGCUGGAUUGGGAAGCAUUCAAAGACAGCAGUAUUUACUUUCCCCGGGCCUGUGCGUGCCUGCCCGGCUCCUGCGACCUCCGAGAGGUGCAGGGGCGGCUCCAGACUCCCUUCCCGGCAGGAGCCGGGACACCGCCACCCUCCUCUCCCUCCUGCCCACCUUCCCGGACGCGGCAGCUGCUCACCCACCCCGCGGGAUCCUCCAGCUCCAGCACCACCUCCGCCGGGAAGGGGCGGGGGAGAAGGCGGCGACCCGGCGGCCGCGCCGCCCGAGUGGGAAGCGCGGGAAGCACGGGCGGGUUUCCGGCGGCGGGGGCGACGCGGAAGGAGCAGCGCGACAAUCCCGACGCGCGUGGCGGUGGGAAACGGGAAGGGGAAAGGGAAGCUCCGCCUGGCGCGGGGCGGGGCCGCGUGCGCACUUCCGGCCGCCAGCCGCGCGCUCCCAUUGGCCGCGGGAGCCCCGCCCUCCCCGCGCGCCCCAGAGCUCCGGGAUGGAGUGGGAUGAGGAAACGUGGAGUUUCUGUUCUCGGGCUGGGUGCUCAAGGUCAAGAAGGUAAAAUUGGAUUGCCAGGACCUCCUGGAAUUAGUGAGCCAGGAUUACCUGGGGAAAAGGGAGAUCAAGGUCCCAGAGGCCCAGAAGGACCCCCUGGCAAAGGAGAUGUAGGUUAAAAGGGUGACCCUGGAGAAAAAGGAUCCCAGGGACUGAUUGGUCAUAAAGGACUACAGGGCCCAGUUGGACCAAAAGUAAGCUUGUUCCUCCAUGGACCUGAGGGAAUGGCCUAAAGUUGUAUCAGGGGAGAUUUAGGGCCAGGAGGGGAUCCAGGACCCAAAGGCUCACGGGGAGAUGAUGGACUUCCUGGAAAUUCCAUAAUGGGACCAAUGGGAAACCCGGGACUACCUGGACCACCUGGACCCCCUGGAGCAAAAGGUGAUGGUCACAAAGGUGAAGCUGGACCUCCAGGACCAGCAGGACCUCCAGGACCAGAAGGUCCAAAAGGCGUGGGAGAUGCUGGACCAAAGGGAGACCAUGGAAUUAGAGGCUAUCCUGGGCCCCCGUGGCCACCAGGAAUAGGAACCAUUGGUCCCAAGGGUAUUAUGGGACAGAAAGGCUUGCCUGGUCCACCUGGACUCCCUGGCAACAGCAUACAAGGAAGUAAGGGAGAAAAAGGAAAUCAAGGUUUUCAAGGACAGAAGGGAUCAGUAGGAAUUGGCCUUCCUGGACCAAAGGGAGACUAUGGAGAUAAAGGUGAUCCAGGGAGCAAAAGAGCCAAAGGAGAAAUUGGAGACCCAGGACCUCCACCAAAGGGAUCUCGGGGAAGAAAAGGUGAACCUGGUCUUACAAGAGAAGAAGUUAUCAGACUUAUCAAUGAAAUAUGUGGUUGUGGUAUCAAAUGUAAAGUAACACCAUUGGAACUAGUAUUUGUCACUGACAGUUCAGAAAGUGUUGGACCAGAUAACUUCAAAAUUAUCAAAACCUUUAUGAAAACAUUCAUUGACAAGGUAUCGGCCAACCAUGCUACAACCCACAUUGGAAUUAUCAACUUCAGCCAUAAAGUGGACUUGGUGUCUUCUCUGAAGCAAUACACAACCAAAGAAUACCUGAAAUCAGCUGUUGACAAAAUGCCCUACUUAGAAGAAGGUACAUACACAGCUUCUGCGAUCCAAGAAGCCAUUCAGUUGUUUCAGGCAGCGCGCCCAGCAGUGAGGAAAGUGGCUGUUGUAAUAACAGACGGACAAGCAGACACCCGGGAUAAAGUACAACUGGAUAACGUAGUAAGAGAGGCCCACACUAUGAAUAUUGAGGUAUUUGUCAUUGGGAUUGUUCAAAGGACUGACCCUCAUUUUGAUGACUUUCUGAAAGAAAUGCAGCUCAUUGCAACAGACCCUGAUGAAGAACAUGUUUACCAGAUAGAUGACUUCAUAAUGCUUUCAGCACUUGAAAAUAAACUGAUCACAAAAAUCUGUGAGAAUGAGUCUGCAGACUACAGAAAAUUUAAUAUUUCAUCUCCAUCUCCAAGUCUGGAAUCUCAAAUUGCCAGUGAAGGUACUAAUAGCCACUUAUCUAAAAUGACCACUUCAGAGACCGAUAUGCUUCCUACAGAAGGAACUGGUUACCCAAAUAGUCCACCACAGUCCAGAUAUACUGAGCCACUGCGAUCUGCUCAGGACCACACCGUGACCAGCUCUGCUCACAAAGAAUCAAUACUUCCCACAGUUUAUGACAUAUCUGAAACCAGACCUCUGAGUCCAGUUGUGAAUCCUUCCUUCCCAGGAACUGCUACUGAAGAUCUCCAGCCAACUGUGUUGCAAACACAGGUAGCAACAAUCCAGAAAGAUCCAAGGUGCUUGGAACCUAUGAAACCAGGGGAUUGUCGGAACUAUGUGGUGAAAUGGUACUAUGACAGGAAUGGCAAUUCUUGUGGCCAGUUCUGGUAUGGAGGUUGUAAUGGUACCAACAAUAGAUUUGAAACAGAAAAAGAAUGUCGAGAAACCUGCGCUGACUGA